AUGGAGAAGAAGCUCACAGAGAAGAUCGCGGCCUUGCCGCCAGAUGCAAAUUACUUCUCACUAGAGUUCUUCCCGCCCAAGACCCGGAUGGGUUUAGUGAACCUAUCUGCACGUCUAGAGCGCAUGUCCCAGGCCCUGCGCCCGCUAUUCGUCACCGUCACUUGGGGUGCAGGCGGAAGCACGGCGGUCCGAUCCCUCGAACUGGCGGAAGUUUGCCAGCGCCAGCUACAGUUGACCACUGUCCUACAUUUGACAUGUACCAACAUGAGUCGCGAGUUGGUGGAUACGGCGUUGGUGGAUGCAAAGGCGUUGGGUAUCCGCAAUAUCCUAGCUUUGCGUGGAGACCCGCCCCGCAGCGAGGAGUACAAUAUGGAUGGAGAGGAUGAUAGCAACAAAGACUUCACAUUCGCUGUCGAUUUGGUGAAGUAUAUUCGUCAGAAGCAUGGUGACUACUUUUGCAUUGGUGUUGCUGCGUACCCAGAGGGUCACCCGGCGGACUCUUUCCAGGAUGCACAGGAUCCUGUGCGCGAUUUGCCUUACUUGAUCGAGAAGACUGUCGCUGGUGCGGAUUUCAUCAUGACACAGCUUACCUAUGACCUGGAGGCUUAUCAGAAGUUUGAGAAUAUGCUUCGGAACCACGAGUCGGGUGUCUUCAAGACUAUCCCGAUUAUCCCAGGCUUGAUGCCUAUCCACAGCUACAAGAUUCUCACCCGUGUGACAAAGCUCAGCCAUGUCAGUGUGCCCGAGUCAGUGUCCAAACGCAUUGAAGCGGUUAAGCAUGACGACGAUGCUGUCAAGCGGGCCGGUGUGGAUAUUGUCAGUGAGAUUGUGGGAGGUAUCAGGGAGCUCAAGUCCCCCGGGCCUCGGGGUUUCCAUUUCUACACCCUGAACUUGGAAAAGACGGUGUCCUUCAUCCUGGAGCGGUGUGACAUGAUUCCCCCAUUCUCAGUGAACCAGGACGAUGUGAUUGAUAUCGAUGGUACCGUGUCUAUUGAUGAUGUCCAAACCCGUACCCUUCGUUCAAGACGCCGCUCUUCUAUCAACUCGCAGCCAUACAACCGUGUCAUUGUCGACAAACUGUCUGGCAAAGAUUCUUCCCGGAGCUCCACACACGAGGCUCUAGCAGACGGGUCCGGCAUGCCCGCCAUGCCUCCCAACCGUAGCACAACCCUUCUCAUCUCCGAGGGUCUCGGCGCUCUCGGCAGAGAGGCCACUUGGGAUGACUUCCCCAACGGUCGAUGGGGUGAUGCACGUUCACCUGCCUUCGGUGAGAUCGAUGGCUACGGUCCCUCUCUUCACGUCACUUCUGCCGUCGCCCGCCGUCUGUGGGGCCACCCCGUCGAGCACUCCGACCUCAAGACUCUUUUCCGGCGCCAUGUCUCCGGUGAAAUUCACAUGGUCCCCUGGUCCGAAGGUGGAGCUGAAGAGGGUACUGGCGGCUUGAACCCAGAGACCGACCUCAUUCGACCGGAACUGCUAAAGCUCAUCGAUGGCCGCGGCUGGUUGACACUGGCCUCGCAGCCCGCGGUAAACGGCGUCCGCAGCGACAAUCCCAUCUUUGGCUGGGGUCCUCCGCGUGAGGGUUUCGUUUUUCAGAAGCCCUUCGUAGAGUUCUUCUGUUCUUCCAAUGACUACAAGACGAUCCUCCAGCCUCUUUUCGCCAAGUAUGACGAAAAGCUGGCCUGGUUCGCUAUCAACCAGAAGGGUGUUUACGAGUCCUCUUACCCAGUCACAUCUGGUGAUAUCGACGAAGACGAGACAAACCCGGAUAGCGCUAACGCUGUCACCUGGGGAGUUUUCCGUGGAAAGGAAAUCAUCACGCCUACCAUCAUCGAGGAAGUCAGCUUCCGCGCCUGGGGUGAGGAGGCAUUCCGUAUCUGGGAGGAAUGGCGCCGCAUUUACCCGCGCAACUCGCCUACUGAGCGAUUCCUCGAUACUACUAAGAAUGACGCAUGGCUCGUUUGCGUUGUUGGACAGCAGUACGGUGCUGGCACUCAGCCUGGCUCCAAGGAGGAAGAAGAAGAGGUUAAGUGGAUGUGGCGCGUGUUGGCGGGUGAGACACAGUAG